GCGAGGCGAGGAGGAGGAGGCCGGAGCUUGCGUUGUCGAGUACCUCGCCUCUCACCCGGGUUCCAGGAUGUGGCACGAAGCGCGGAAACACGAGCGCAAGCUGCGCGGGAUGAUGGUGGAUUACAAGAAGAGGGCGGAGCGCCGCAGAGAGUACUACGAAAAAAUAAAGAAAGAUCCAGCGCAGUUCCUGCAGGUUCAUGGCCGGUCAUCCAAAAUCCACCUGGAUUCCGCUGUGGCCCUUGCUGCUGAAAGCCCGCUCAAUAUGAUGCCGUGGCAGGGUGAUACAAAUAACAUGAUCGAUCGAUUUGAUGUCCGCGCACAUCUUGAUUAUAUUCCAGAGUACACACCGCCUUUCCUCACUGCACUCUCUCCAGAACUCGACAAUGACGAACGGAAGUGCAAUUACGAGCGAUAUCGAGGUCUUGUUCAGAACGACUUUGCCGGCAUUGCGGAGGAGCAGUGCCUGUACCAGAUCUACAUCGACGAGCUGUACGGGGGUAUGCAGAAACCUAACGAGGAUGAGAAGAAGAAGUUAGCGGAGAAGAAAGCCACGAUCGGCUACACCUACGAAGACUGCUCGGUAACUACGGAGGAGCUGCCCGAGGAGCGGGAUGGGGAAUUCGACGAGGACUCGGAUGAGAAGAGUGAUUCGGACGAAGAGAUACCAGACAUAGAUGUGGAGGUGGACGUCGAUGAAUUAAACACUGAACAAACGCUGGAGUUGAACAAACUGGCCACCACCUAUGGGAUGUCUGAGGGCGACUUUGUCAGGAUGCUUCGGAAGGACAAGGAGGAAGUGGAAGCAAUAAAACACGCCAAGGCCCUGGAGGAGGAGAAGGCGAUGUACUCGGGCCGAAGGUCUCGUCGCCAGCGGAGGGAAUUCAGAGAGAAGCGCUUGAAGGGGAGAAAAAUCAGCCCCCCCAGUUACGCAAGGAGGGACAGCCCAACGUACGACCCGUAUAAAAGGUCCCAGUCGGAGUCGAGCUCGGGCACGAGAUCGCGGUCACAGUCGAACUCGCCCACGCACGAGGAGAAGAUCACCUACAUCACGAGCUUCGGCGGCAGCGAGGACGAGGGCGGCGUGGCGGCACAGCCUGGCGUGGUGGCGGCCAAGGCCCCGAUCGGCAGGCACCGGCCCGUCAACUCCCAGCAAAGCUCUGCCACAGGUCAUACCAGCUCCUCCCGGCGGCGUUCCUCGUCCUCGUCCUCUUCGCGGUCCCGCUCGGGCUCCCGCAGCCACCGGUCGCAGGGCCACCGGCGUUCCACGCGGUAUUCCCGUUCCCGCUCCCGUUCCCACAACCGCCGCUACUCCCGCUCGUACGGCCGCUACAGCCGAGGGUCCCGGGACGGGCGGCGAUGCUCGCGAUCACAGUCCCGCUCGGCCGACCGGACGCACUACAGCGGCUCCCGCUCCCGCGGCAAACGCUCCAGGUCGCGGAGCAGAUCCCGCUCGGCCGAGCGUUACCGCCGGAGCAGCAGGGCGAGCUACAGCAGCGGGCGGCGGCGUGACAGCAGCAGCCGGAGCAGCAGCGACAGCACGAGCGACUCUCCCAGCCCCAGCAAGUCCCUGUCCCCCGUCCGGGAGAGUCUGGGCAAGGCAGCCGCUUCACCCGCCUUGGGCGAGAAACUGAAAAGGUGUGACACUCCUGUGGGUAAAGAAUCCGGAGCUGCCAAACCCAAGCUCACGCCACAGGAAAAGCUGAAGCUUCGCAUGCAGAAGGCGCUGAACAAGCAGUUUAAGGCAGACAAGAAGGCAGCCCAGGAGAAACAGCUACAACAGGAGCAGGAACGACAGGAGCGGGAGGACGAGCUGCGAGCAAUGGCGCGGAAGAUCCGUCUGAAGGAGAGGGAGCGCAGAGACAAGGAGCGUGACGAGUGGGAGAAGGAAUAUCCCAGAAGGAGCCGCUCUUCCUCGCCCAGACACGGUAUGUACCUUCAGCCGGAGGGUGGUGAAUCUAAAUGA